AGAAUGUUCCCCUGACAAGGGAGAUCUCAGAGCAAAGAAACUGGACCCACUUUAAACUGUUGCCUGAAUCUUUACUCAUGUUAAACGGGUUCAAUAAACAGGUUGUGUAGUGAAGUCGCCUCCAAUGACAUUGGAAAUGUGUGCUGGCAGCCUUCAAGCCUACAAGCCUAUCUUUGCACAAUUUUCCCCGAUUUUGACAACAAUGCACAGUUCUGCACUUCAUGUACAAAAAUUCCACCAUUUGAAACUCUGUUUCCGUGCAUGACCCCAGCACGUUCCUCAGGUCCUCAGGACCUUUAGCAUCAGAACCUACUGUACAUGAGAUCUGGAAGGCAGUCCACCAUUGAACAUGACAGCUCCACUUUUUAUCUUGGACUGUCCAAUCAACAUUCAGUGAAGACGUGUCUGAAGAUAGACCUGAAGGACAGAAAAAGUGAAGAUUCCUGCCAAUGGGCUGUCACAGGAACUGGAGAUUACCAGCAGCCGUCAGAAGAGCGCCUUACCUGCCCACAGAGUCCAGUAACCAAUGGCAGCCUCAGUCCAGACGCUUCCUCUGACCCGUGGCCCUAACAAAAACUUCCAUAACCCUUUCCCAGCCACACCCCUCUCCUCCCGUUGCAGCAUGGGAAGUGUAGGCAGUCUGGUGGAAAGGCCGGACGUGUCUCCAGCUAAAGGCAGCCGUGCCGUGCCCCAGGUGAGACCCAAACAGACUAAUGGCCUCCUGAAGAAAGGCUUCACCCAGAGAGAGCUGCUCAACUACCUCAACAUCACCAGAAAAGAGCCCAAAGCAAACGCGGGCGGUGACGGCAAGAAAGACAUUAUCUCUGGUCUCAGCUCCACCGGCGGUCAAGAGGAGGACAAUGUAUAUGCCAAGGUCUACAAUAAAGACGGCACCGAAAUAGACUUGACAAAGAACUCACUGCCAAGUGGGGGCAAGUAUGAAAAGGCUCAUUUUAGAUCCUCAGCUUUUAAGCCUGUCACCCCCAAAAACUUCAGCUCAAUGCAAAACCUCUAUCCAUCCUCCAAGUCGGAGGAUGUAGACCACGGCCUCUCCAAUGGCCUGCACAGAGCCUACGCCCACAUCCCCAAAGCCGUCUCCACCUCGUCCUCCUCGUCCUCCCCCUCUCGUCAGGGCGGGCCGACGCCCACUGGCAACAAGGCCCACUCCUCGCAGCGUGGAGCGAGUCAGGAGGACGAUAACCUGUCAGAUUCAGGGCAUAACUCCAUGAGCAGCCUGCCACCGUACCGGCCUCCCUUCCGCCCACACCUGGCUCACAUUAGUGCAUCAAUGGGCCACAUUAACGCCAUCGGGUCAUUGGACCGCACCUCCCUGGGCGCCAAGUCUGCAGGGUCGAGAGGUGGGGAGAUAGCGUGUCGCAGCAUGGCAACCCUGAGCCGCUUGACUCCAUACGGAGGCGAAGCCCCCCCACCGUACGAAUGGACCCUGUCUCUGUCUGUAGAGGAAGUGGUGCGGGACCUGGAGGAGCGCCUCGUGGAGAAAGAGCAUGAGCUAAAGCAGAUGAAAAGAAACCUCGAUGAGAGCGAGGGCGCCAUCGCUCAGGUGUUUGAGGGGAAGCAGCGUUUGUGGGAGAAGGAGGUGGAGGAGCUCAAGCGCCUCUACGCCGCCAAGCUGCGUCAGGUCUCCCAGCAUGCCCAGCGCUCCCAGCGCAACCUGCAGCUACAGCUGUUCAAGGCCCAGCAGGAGAAGAACCGACUGCAGGAGGAGCUUGACAGCCUGAAGAGGGAACGGAGCCAGGAGGAUGGGGCCAUGGCCAAACGAAGCAGUCCGACCCUGGAGGAGACGCAGUGGGAGGUUUGCCAGAAGUCAGGGGAGAUCUCCUUGCUGAAGCAGCAGCUGAGGGAUUCCCAGGCAGAGGUGACCCAGAAGCUGAGUGAGAUUUUCCAGCUGAAGACGCAGCUCCGGGAGACUCGCACGCAGCUGCGCAACAGAGACGACCAAGUGGAUGCGCUGAAGCUGGUGCUGCAGGAGACGCAGCGUUGCAGACGUUCCUCUCAGAACGCGCACGAAGACGACAAAGCCGAUGAGGGGUGCGCUUCAGCGGGGGCAACAGGAGGCUGCGGGGGCCCCACGGAGGAGCGUCUGCGCGCCGAGCUCCUGCUGGAGCGCCGCCAGAGCGAGGCCCAGCUCAUGGCUUUCGAGGAGGAGAGGCGCACGUGGCAGACGGAGAAGGACAAGGUCAUCCGCUACCAGAAGGAGCUGCAGGCCAGCUACUUGGAGAUGUACCACCGGAAUGAGGCGCUGGAGAGGGAACUGCAGCAGCUGAGGGCUGGCAGAGAGCGGGGUGGGGGAGACGGGGGAGACGGAGGAGGGGGGAGCAGAAGUGGGACACUGGAGAGAGAAGUACCACAGCUGAGGAGUGAGAGAGCGGGUUUGCAUUCAGGGUUGUAGCUACCACGGAUGAGAGGAUACUCACGUUCAACAACAUGAGGCAAUGCUGUAUAAACAGAUGCACACCAUGGAGUCUGCUGAGGUUGGAGGAACAAUAUACUGUACGGGGGCCCUGAAGACUGACACGCCCUAAAGCAAGAACCCGAGAGGUGCUGAGACCAGAACCAGUCAUUUCAUACAGCCUUGCCUGCAAACUGUCCUGCUUAAGCCUGUAAAUGAAACCACGCUGCUUGUGACCACUCUCAUCACAUUUGGUAGUUCCGUUUUGUCUUGGGCUGCUGUACUAACUGGACCAGAACCAAGGGGUUCCACAGGAUUCACGAAUAUCUCAGUAAAGUGUGUGCAGGUGGUUUGUGGACUCUGGGCUCACCUGCACCCCUGGUGGGGGAGGGAGGUGGAGGGCCACCCCACUGGGCUAUGUACAGUAGAAGAUGAAAGCUAUCUGGUGCCAAGGUACCAGAGGAGCAGGAAACGUUCCACUGUCACUGGCUCAUUAACCUUGUACAUAAUUGUAAUUUCCCUUCGGCUGGCCAGGUGUCGUUUUGAACAGACGUACUUCAGUCUUUGAUUGCAGUGAACAUAAUCAGUAGGUGCACAUGAUGAAUGUGACUGCCUCGCUACUGGUGGAACCCAUUUGUACAUACUAAGCCAAUUACACCAAAUGCAUGACAUAGAAGUUGUUCUCUUGCUUGGCUUAUUCUACACUCACUGUACACUUUAUUAGGUACGCUUGUACAAUUUAAAUUAAUCCAGCGCAUCCGUGAAUAGUACUGAACUUUUACAAGCUCAUAAUUAUAGGUUUAAGUGAAUUAUUAAGAAAGGUGAUAAUUGUACUCUAUGUUUGGUAUUGAGGUCACAGUAGUUGCAAUAGAGCCACCAUUAGAACCAUCUUUGUGGAGGUACUGUAUUGAAUUAGAAUGUGCGGGUGUACCUAAUAAAAUGAUUAGUGAGUAGAUUUAGAUAUCAUUGACCUUUCAACAAACUGUGACCUUAUUAUACUGUACAGUAUAAUUAUAUAUAUUUAUAUUUGUUUUGAAGCCCUAAUAAACAUUUCUGAUGUGGUGUAAUAGA